AUGGCAUACUCACUUCCCCCUCUGCCGUACGCCUAUGAUGCGCUCGAGCCACACAUCUCGGCCCAGAUCAUGGAGCUACAUCACAGCAAGCACCACCAGACGUACGUCACCAACCUGAACAAGGCCCUCGAGACAUACAACCAGAACCCCCUGUAUGCCCGCGCCGGUGUCCUUGCUGCUCUCAAUUUCCAUGGCGGUGGCCACAUCAACCACUCUCUCUUCUGGGAGAACCUCUCGCCAGCGUCGAGCCCCGACGCCAGCACCGACUCGGCCCCGCAGCUCAUCGCCGAGAUCUCCAAAGUCUGGGGCGGACUCGACCAGUUCAAGUCGGCUUUCAACGCUGCUCUUCUCGGCAUCACUGGCAGUGGCUGGGGCUGGCUCAUCAAAGAUGAGACGAACCGCCUGGCCAUCGUCACCACGAAGGACCAGGACCCCGUCACCAAGGGUGUCCCCAUCUUCGGCGUCGACAUGUGGGAGCAUGCAUACUACCUGCAGUAUCUUAAUGGCAAGGCUGCCUAUGUCGAGAACAUCUGGAAUGUCAUCAACUGGAAGACAGCUGAAUCUCGCUUCUCGGGAGCUCGCGAGGACGCCUUCAAGGCUCUCAAGGCUGCCCUCUAG